AUGCUGGUCUCAUCGUCCGAGCUGGCUCUCAUAGCUCUCUAUCCUCCCUCAGCUUUCGCGGGAUCCAAAGCUCUGAGGGCUGCUGUGACCGCAAAAUCCACAAGUUUGGCACAGGGCGGCUUCCAGCAAUACAUCUCGCUGAAGCAUGUGUCCAGAAGAGAUUUUCACCCUCAUCGAGGCCCACCGCCGCGAGCUGGGUCGCACAGCGCGUCUGACCUACUUCCAAGACAUCCAGACCCUCAUUGUCAAAGUCGCCUCUCGUCAACUGAAGCGGCGCAGUGGGGUCUCGGGCAGUUAAUCACCCCGGGAGUUGACCGCAUAAACAUUCCCUUCGCCGAGUUCACGGCUCUAGGAUCGACGAUGUACACCGGACCCUCGCGCUCAACCAAGGAAGGCGAUUCUCCAUUCACAAACUCCAACCAGAGACUGAGGGGAUGGCCGUACCUGGCAAUCGAAGCGUGGCCAAGUCGAUGUCCAGAUUGCGGGCUGAGGCAGCCUGGUGGUUCGCGAAUUCGAAUGGUGCCGUCAGGCUGGUACUGCUUGUCCAGGUCGGUGCGCGCAGCGAAAGACGAUCGCCGUCGAGAAAUAUGA